AUGUGGGGUUCUGGGAAGGAAGGUAACAACAAGGAAUAUUAUACAUUGGAAUGCCUGCUAUUUUUUCUCAAAAAUACGCAGUUGACCCAUCCAGUGUAUGUCAGACAAGCAGCGGCAGCAAAUAUAUCGGCUGUUCGUCGUCCUGAUCGUAAAGAGUUACUUGCAUACCUUAAUGGAGAAACUGCUACUUGUGCUUCAAUAGACAAAAGUGCACCUCUGGAAAUACCAACACAGGUCAAACGAACACAUGAUAAUGAUGGCGGUGAAUCAGCUGCGAAGAAACCUCGUAUUGAAGAAACACAUGUGCAAAAAGUGCGGGAGCAGCUUGCUGCUCGUCUUGAUGCUCCUAAAGAAGCAUCUGUCACUGUGGACAAUAUUAAGUCUCUAUCAGAGGCUAUGUCAGUGGAGAAGAUUGCAGCUAUAAAAGCCAAACGUUUAGCUAAGAAAAGAACUACAAUAAAAAGCAAUGACUACUCGGACACUUUAGGAGUAGUUGGCUCAGACCUUAGAGCUAUAUUAGACUACGAUGUUGAUCUGACAAAAGACAUCAUUAGUCGAGAAAGGCAAUGGAGAACUAGAACUACAGUAUUGCAAAGUAAUGGCAAGAUGUUUGCCAAAAGCAUUCUUGCUCUCUUAGGUAGUAUCAGGGCGCGUGAAGAAGGUCGACCGGGUGCACCUAGACCUCAACCUGUAGUAAUGCCUCCUCCAACUGCAUUGCCAGCACAACAAACUCAGUACAACAGAUAUGAUCAAGAAAGGUUUAUUAGGCAAAAAGAGGAGACUGAAGGUUUCAAAAUUGACACUAUGGGAACAUAUCAUGGUAUGACCCUAAAAUCGGUGACUGAAGGACCAAGUGUUCCUGUAGCAGCAAGAGCACCACAGACACCUAAUCAUCCACGACAAAUGCCAUCUAGUGGUGGUGCUGGUGUUGGGGGGGCGGCGGCCAAUGGUGGGCGUCGGGAGCUGUUGCCUGCAGCGGCAGCAAGAGCCCCGCCGGCCGGUGCCAAGAGGCCCUCUCGCACCCCAAUCAUCAUCAUACCAGCCGCCGCAACCUCGCUCAUCUCAAUGUACAAUGUGAAGGAUAUGUUACAGGACCAUAAAUUUGUACCUGUAGAGCAAAAGAAAGCUGAGGGUGGAGCAAGGGAAAAUGAAGUAUUACUACAGAGAAGGAAAGGUCCCUCCGGUGAUCAAGUUCCAAACAAUGCAACUACUAUCACUGUACCAUAUCGUGUUGUGGACAACCCUGGCAGGCUAUCUGCGGCGGAAUGGGAUCGAGUUGUGGCGGUGUUUGUCCAAGGUCCUGCUUGGCAGUUCAAAGGUUGGCCUUGGGAUGGGAAUCCAGUGCAAAUCUUUGCUAAUAUCUGCGCGUUCCACCUGAAGUACGACGAGAUGAAGCUCGACGCGAACGUGGCGCGAUGGGCGGUGACCGUGCUCAACUUGAGCCGCACCAAGCGCCACCUCGACCGGGCAGUGCUGCUCGGCUUCUGGGAGACGCUCGAUAAGCACAUGAUGAAGAAUAAACCACAUCUUAGGUUU